UAUCUGUAUGUAGUACUUCGUACGGAUAUCGGUUUUUGUCGGGAGACGAGACACCCAGCCUUUAUUUGCCUGCCAACGCUUCUGCUCGAAGAAUGCGAACCCGCCAAUCCGCGUCGACGUCCCAUCGGAUGCGAGCCAUUGGCCGGCCAAGUAUGUGGUGUUGCCCCGGGCCGUGGACGAUGCUGGGAGCUUCUGACUUGGGCGCAACGACUCGGCGACGACUCAAUAGAAACGCCUCAGUUCCUAGAGAAGGUCGGGUUUAGCAAUAUGAAAGAUGGGCCCGAGUCUCAGCCAUCCGAUGAGGCAGUCGCCAGUCUA